CGUAGUUUCCGGUCUCAUUGAUUGAUUUUAUCUGCUGCAUUAAAGGCAUUUUCAUAAAUCCACACUAACGCGGUCGUUUGAUUACUUUCCAACAAGCUCUAGAGUUCAGAUUGAACUAGCUGAGAAUACCAGAUAAUAAUAAUAAAACAGAUGAUAAUAGACGAGGCUGUUGACAGGUUUUGUAACUCAAUCCUGAAAUAUCGUUGUCUGUGCCUUCAACACGUAUUCCAGUAAACUAUGCAUAAUUGCACUGAAUAGUAUGGUUGAACAACCAUUAACAUAACGUAAUGCCAGGAGGUAGACGACGACUCAGAAACCAAAACAGCAAUUCUUGGAAGGUACCUCGAUCGGUUGUCGGAAAUAAAAUGGGAAGUAUAGACAAAAUUCUGAAUGUACAAGUUGGAUCUGUUUACAAAAGGGCUUAUGUCAUUUUAUCGUUGCUGGGUUUUCUAUUUUCGCUUGCGAAACCUCCAGAUCUCAUACUGAUGGUAUUUUCUUCAGCCCCUUCGUCAGCAUUUGUAGAUAACCCGCAUGCUCGUAAUGUGCAGACAAUCGUUACUGAGUGGAAUUUAACAGAUUCUCGAAAUUGGAUUCCUGGGUUUCUGCAGUCAAUGUUUUAUGUUGGGUAUAUGCCUGGUGCAAUAAUAAUGGGACAGCUUUCUGAUCUUUACGGCAGAAAACGAGUUUCUUGGAUAGUCUACGCACUCAGCCUGGUUUUUCAAAUUCUCACCGGAUUCUGUCAGAACUGGCAACAAUUUGCUGCAUGUAGAGCAAUAUCGGGUUUUCUCAUAGGCGGACUUGGUGUGGUUCAGACCAUUCUAACUCAAGAAAGUACCGGGUCGAAGCUGUGGGUGGUAAAUGGCGCUCUUGCUGAAAUAGGAUACACAGCUAACAUGCUUGCUUUCUUGUGGAUUGCUUAUCUGUUUCCAAGUUGGCGACAGAUGUAUUUCAUCACUACGAUUCCUGGGAUACUCGUUUUCAUCUAUUUUUACAUCGUCCCGGAAUCACCACGUUGGUUACUGUCCCGUGGAAAAAUUAUCAGUGCUCAAGAAGUCGUUGAAAAAAUAUCAAAAUGGAAUAAGUCAAAUGAAGAAGACUACGAUCUACUAUUAGAUGACGAUGCCGGAACGAUUUCAAGUGAUCGCCAGACCGGUGAUACAGGGCACAGCAAUUCCAGAGAAAUAUCAACUGCCAGACUAUUAACAUCCGAACCAGAGAUUAAGAAAACGAGAUCUAUUAUUGAUUUAAUCAAGCAUCCUACUCUUCGUUACAGAUCUCUCAUUCUGAGUUUGCAAUGGUUUACUGCAAGUUUUGUGUUUUAUGGUAUCACGCUUGGAUCAGGAUCAUUUAGUUCAAAUUUUUAUGUUGCAUUCAUUAUAUCAGGAAUAAGUCAGAUUCCGGCUGUUCCACUCUUUAUUUACCUCAUGGAACGAAAAUGGGCUGGUCGUAGACGAACGCUCAUAUGGUUUAUGGCUCUUGGUGCAAUAUGUAUGUUUGUGAUGUAUAUCGUACCAUUUGAAGAAGGUGAGCAUUCCAACUAUAAACUGGCGUUACUGUUCUUCGGAAAAAUAGGAAUUAGCGGAGCAUUUGAUCUUCUUUAUAUAUAUACUGCGGAACUAUUUCCUACUGUUGUGCGGAACGUUGGACUGGGUUCAAUGUCAUUCUGGGCAAGAGUCGGAGGAGUGAUUGCUCCCUUUUUAGCAAAUCUAGCGAUGUUUUCUGGAUUAAAUACUCCGUUUCUAGCAUUUGGUGUUGUCAGUUUUGCAAGUAGUGUUUUUGCUGCUUUCCUGCCAGAAACAAGAGGGAAAAUAAUACCAAAUACUAUAGAAGAAGCUGAACAGCAGGAAGACGAAACGGAUGAAGAUUACAAUUUUUCUUUAUGUCGAAACACCAAUAAACAUUUGUGAACGUCCUAACAGCGGAGUGAACAACGCGAUUCACAAAGCUGUCACUUACCGAGCAGCGAACAAUUGAAAGGAAAAUGCGGAGCAGACGCUAAUGAGUUUGUAAGAACGGGCAAUUGAAGAUUAAAGCAAAUGGAAAGCAGUUUGAAAAAAUCUAAUAUUAAGAGAUACAAAAGCUAAAUGAUUUUUGGUUUCAGCCUAUCAGUUGAUUUUGUUUAAAUCUAAUCUAGAAUAAGAUUUGACACCAAAGUAUUUGGAAAUGAAUCCUGGCGUAUUAUACCGAAAACAUCUCAACUAAGAUAACUUUUCACAUUUGAAAAAAGUCAUGGCUCCAAAUAUGGCACUUUUCGGUUACAUAUUUUUUUCUAAAAUGGGGGUCAUAUCGAAUUGCUAGCACUUCCAUAGCAAAUUUGGAUGAAAGUAUUCGGAGAAAGAAUCCAGCAGCAAAGCUCUCACUGAAUUCGUUUAAAUUGAGUGGGACAAUAUAUUUGAAUCACAGUUUUAGGAAAUUUAUGCGCUUUCUGCAAGAACCCCUAAUGAUGACGACAUGAGAUCAAUAACAAAAAGACACUCUUUUGUUCCUGCAACUAAUAGAAAGCCUAUGUUAAAUGAAGAAAUGUGCGUCAAAUUAUGUCUACUUACUAUCUAUAUAUAGUGCGCCUUCAAUGUUAGAAAAAUUCAUCGUUAUGGCAAAAGAUCAACAAAGUUCGCCAAUUGCAAUAUUUAGAAAAUUUCUAUCCAAGCUCUAAGGUAACUCUAAAGAUAAUAUCCCAAUAUGAUUGCCAAUUUUCUUUCUCAGGAAAUUAGCUUUUUUGAUCAAAGCUUUUGUAAUAGUUGUAUACACAAAGUCAAUCUGAACACUUCGGAUCAUAUUGCCAUGUUUUUGUGUUCUUUCGUUGUAACCCAUGUGCACAGCAGUAUCGUUUAUAUGAAGAAUUGCCUUCCAACUAUAUCGGUAUAAUACAUUGUGUUCUGUGCAUUUGUUACAUAAAAUUGUGUGUAAGACAAAAGGGUGAAACACAUGGAUGGAAAUAUAGGAAAUAAACAAAAGCAAAUACAAGUGUGAAAUAAGUUUGACAAAAAACGUGGCAGGUGAACAUGUCAAAAUUAACAC